AUGAAAACUCCUCUGCUUUCAUGGCUUUUCUUAAUCCGCAUUUGCUGUGUUUCACUCAGCUUCCAUACGUUUGUGGUCUCUAGACAAUGUCCCGGCGAUCAGCAAUCUUUGUUGCUACAAUUGAAGAACAGCCUCACAUUUGACCCUGCAACAUCUCAAAAACUUGUGAACUGGAACAAUGGCUCGGAUUACUGCUCUUGGGAAGGAGUGUGUUGCAAAGAGGGUUGUGUUUCGAAUCUGGACUUGAGCAGCGAGGCGAUUACUGGUGGACUUGAUCAUUCCAGUUCUCUUUUUGGUCUGAAGUCAAUUGAGAACCUAAACUUGGCUUACAACUUCUUCAACUACACUCAGCUUCCUUCCGAGCUCAAGCAGCUAACAGGUUUGAGUAAUCUGAACUUGUCGAAUGCUGGCUUUGCAGGGCAGGUUCCAAUUGAGAUUUCACACCUUACGAGGUUGGUAACUCUUGAUUUGUCUACCUUUUAUUUCUCGGGAGCUCUGUUGCUGAAACUUGAGAUGCUGAAUUUGAAUGUGCUGCUUGGGAAUUUUUCUGAGCUUGUUGAACACUAUCUUGAUAGUGUGAAUAUUUCAGCACAGAGAACUGAGUGGUGCCAAGCUAUAUCAUCUUCACUGCCAAAAUUGAGGGUGCUGAGCUUGUCCAGUUGUAAUCUUUCAGGCCCUAUUGAUGGUUCAUUACUGAAGCUUCACUCCCUCUCGGGUUCCUUACCAGAAUUUCCAAAGAAUGCAUCUCUCCGGUCCUUGGUUCUAAGCGGGGCUAACUUUUCAGGCCAGCUGCUUCCGAACUCUCUUGGAAACCUCAAAAUGUUGUCCAACAUAGAUAUUUCGGGUUCCAAUUUCACUGGAUCAAUCCCAAGGUCAGCAGGACACCUUCAUCAAUUGGUUUAUUUUGACUUGUCACGGAACAAGUUCAAUGGCUCUGUUCCAUCCUCCAGUAUGGCCAAGAAUCUGACCCUUAUAAACCUUUCUCACAAUCAGCUAACGGGUCAGAUUAAUUCCACUCACUGGGAAAACCUUACUAAUCUGAUGUAUCUCAACUUGAGAUCCAAUCAAUUAGAUGGGUUUAUUUCACCAUCUCUGCUUUCUCUUCCCGUCCUGCAACAAUUACAGCUUUCCAACAAUCACUUCUCUGGUCAGUUGCCUGAAUUUUCAAAUGUCUCUUCGUACUUACUGGGUACCCUCGAUUUGAGUUACAACAAAUUGGAAUGGUCAAUUCCGAUGUCUAUCAUGAAAUUCCAAGGGCUUAAGAUUCUUUUACUUUCAUCAAACAACUUCACCGGCUCUUUCCUUCUGAAUGAUAUUCAGCAGCUAAGCAAUGUUUCAAAUCUUGAUCUUUCUUUCAAUAGCUUGUCUAUUAAUUACAAUGACAUCAAUUCCUCUCCUUGUUCAUCUCCAAAAAUUACCACCUUGAAGUUAGCUUCUUGCAAUUUGAGAAGAAUCCCAGGUUUCUUGCGAAAUCAAUCGACAUUAGGCACUUUGGACCUAUCACAAAACCAGAUUCAUGGUGAGAUACCCAACUGGAUUUGGAAGUUGAGUAGUCUUAGUCAACUAAAUCUUUCUUGCAACUCUUUGUUAACACUAGAAGGUCCUGUCCUCAAUCUUACUUCUAUUUUCUCAGUGCUUGACCUUCAUUCCAACCAGCUUCGGGGACAAAUUUCAGUUCUUUCACCAUUUGUCUAUUAUCUGGAUUACUCAAGAAAUAAUUUCAGCAUUCCGGCUGACAUUGGUAAUUUCCUUAUUGUUAGAGUUGCUGCACAAUAA